AUGUUUCGCGAGGCUCUCCGAUUUUCUGGGUAUCUUAACAACAGCGGCACAAGCAGCAGCAGCAAUGCAAGCAGCAGCAGCAAUGCAAACGGCAGCAACACAAACAGUAGCAGCAACACAAGCAGCAGCAACACUGGCAGCAGCAACACAAGCAGCAGCAACACAAGCAGCAGCAGCAACACAAGCAGCAGCAGCAACACAAGCAGCAGCAGCAACACAAGCAGCAGCAGCAACACAAGCAGCAGCAACACAAGCCGUAGGAACAGCAGCAAAACAAGUAGCAGCAGCAGCAACACAAGCAGCAGCAGCAGCAACACAAGCAGCAGCAGCAACAACACAAGCCGUAGGGGCAGCAGUAACAACACAAGCAGCAGCACUGGGCCUUUAAUUCCGCCUGGUGACGAAGGUUACCAUAAGGCAGUAGAAGAAGAGUUUCCGUCAAAAGGAGGCGGAGGAGGAGGAUCCUCUUUGUCAAGUACUGCAGCAUUCGCUGUUGCAGAGAGCCUGCCCUUAGGAGGCUCCUGUAACCAGACAUAUUCUGCGUCGGAAAUUUCUUCUCCAGCAACAGCCGCUGCCCUUCCAAGAGUCUGGACGUCUCCCUGCGCAGUGCAUCUCGCCGUCGCCAUGCAGCAGGAAGAUCCUCCAGAGAAGCAGCAGCAGGCUUCUGUCCAUCCGCUCCACGACGUCUUUUCUCUCCUCAAGGAGUAUUACAUCACACGAAUAACUGCCCUGGAAAGUCGAGCCGCUGCAGAAGCGGAAGGCAGGCUCUCGGCAGAGCGCGCUGCGGCUUUUGCAGUGGAUCGAUCAUUUUUCUUGCUGCAGCAGCUGCAUCAAUUUGGGAGCAAGCAGCAGCUGCUGGUGCAGCAGCAGCAGCAGCAGCAGCACAGCAUGCAGUUGUUGCUGCAGCAGAAGCAGCAGCAAGACAACGCCAUCCGAAGCCUCAAGAACGCACUGGAAAAAAAGUCGCGGCAAGUGCAGCAGCUGAACGCCCUUAUUAGCAAGCACGCAGAAGAAACGGCAGCAGCAGCAGCAGCAGCAGCAGCAAGCAGAGCAGCAGCGGCUAGCGAAGAGGCAGAAACACAGCCAGAAACUCUCCCGGAAGGAGCAGAAGCAGCAGCAACAGCAACAGCAACAGCCGUCGCGCUCCAGCAGCUGCAAGCGGAUGCUCUCAAGCUGCAGCGGGUCGAACUGGACAGCAGCAGUGACAGCAGCAGCAGCAGCAGCAGUGAGGCAGCCGCAACAGCAUCUGCAGCAGCAGCUGCACCAGCACCACAGGAGGAUUUGGAAGUUUUGGCUGUGCGAGAGCUUCAACUCGAGAGGCUUGCGAAAGAACUUGAUGAGCAGCAUCUCCUCUGCAUAGCGCAGGGGGAGGAGAUUCAGCGCUUGCUCUCUGAGGCUGAGACGGAGAGUAAAAGACGCCGCGAAGCAGAAAAGGCUGCAGAGAGGGAACGAAAGAAGAGGGAAGAGCUGCAAGCGCAGUUGCGGCUUGCAGAGAAAACAGCGCACUACAAAUCGCAGAUAAGCAGCAGCAGCGUUCCCGUGUCUUUGAGGCUCACGCACAGCCACAGUGUGGGCAGCCACAACGCCAGCAGCAGCGGCAGCAACGGCAGCCUUUCUUACGAGUUUUUAGCUGCGCUAAGGGCAGAAACUGAAGAGCUGCUUCGGCUCGCGAAGGAAGAUCAACAGGCAGAGGGCCAAAGGCGGCAGCAGCUUCUCUCGCAGCAACAGCUGCAGCAACAGCUGCAGUCGUGUGUGGAGGAGGCUCAGGACGAGCGGCAGUUUUCCCUUUGGUCCUCUUCUCCAGAGGAGCUCGUUGAUAUUCAAUUGCACCUUGAGUCUAUGGAGGAUGUCGCAGCUGCGUUCGACAGCCGUGCAAGCAGCUGCAGCGCGCCUACGGGCAGCAGCGGUGAGAUCCUGAUGAACGGCAGCAGCAGCUCUCAUCCUGAAGAAGCCGCAGCGUCAACACGACGGGAGCUUCAAGGAACGAGCUCCCCGACAGCAGCUGCUGCAGCUCGCAAGAGCGCUGCACCUGUGCAAAAAGUCGUCUCGGUCUAA